AAAUAUUCAACCAACAUGUCCUUUGACUUGUUUAUCUUGUUUGUUGCAGUCAAGCCCGAACACAAAGCGAACAGUUUGUCAAGUAACCAAACUGUGGUGGAAGGUAGGGAUGCAGAAUUUUGUUGCCAUACAGACGCAUUCCCUGGUGUCUUGGAGUACAGAUGGUUUAAGGAUGGCAUCCAGAUUACCAGUUCUGGAGAUUAUACCAUCACACCAAUUUCUGAUGGACAGAGACUGACAAUCGCGCAAGUUAAAAAGAGCAGUGCUGGGCGAUACUCUUGUGAUGGACGAAAUGAGUUAGGAACCGGAGAGAGAAAAUCUGCUUCCCUCUUAGUCAAUUAUGCUCCUAAGCAGGUGACUGUAACUCCAGCUGAUCCAGCAGAGGUGCCACUUGCUCAGAGCAUAACACUGACAUGUCAGGCUGACGGUUUCCCAAAUCCAUCUUACUCGUGGAAAUUUAAUGGAAAAUCAAAUGGGAUUACACAAAAUACUUUAACAAUAACAAAUGCAGAUGUACAAGAUGCUGGGAACUAUACAUGUCUGGCAAGAAAUGAUUUUGGCAACAAGGAGACGACAAAAGUUGUUUAUGUACGAUGUGAGUGAGUUUAUGAUAUAAUUAUCCUUUGUUAUCCAUGUACCUGUACAUGUAAGUUAGUUACAGAUACAGGUUCAGGUUAGUUUCUUUGUAUGUACUGUAUAAACAUGUAGUUUUA